UAACGCUUCCAACUCACUACAGUACUCGGAGCUAAGAAACCGUUCGUCUCUAAUGAAGUUUGCAUUACCUUCUGGAAUGCGCUUCUGCUGAGUAGUCAUAUUAUUGUGUCUGCGUUUAUCUCCUUUCUCUCUCCCUGUACACGCGCGAGGCGUAUAAACGGAAUUCCUUCUCGAUUAAGUUUAUUGUAGAAGAGCAGUGAGUUGCACGAAGAUGACGAUCACACCCAAUAUCUCUAUCACUGAUGGGAACCUUGUGGUCCAUGGCAAGACCUUGCUUAAAGGUGUGCCAGACAACAUUGUGCUGACACCAGGAUCCGGUGUGGGACUUGUUGCCGGUGCAUUCAUUGGAGCCACAGCUUCACAUAGCAAAAGCUUACAUGUUUCCCCCAUUGGUGUCUUAGAGGGUCUCCGGUUUAUGUGUUUAUUCCGUUUCAAGCUAUGGUGGAUGACACAGAGGAUGGGAACAUGUGGAAACGAUAUUCCUCUGGAGACCCAAUUCAUGCUUGUGGAGAGCAAAGACACCGGUGAAGGUGAACCUGAAGAUGCCCCAACUAUCUAUACUGUUUUUCUCCCGCUCCUUGAAGGACCAUUUCGUGCAGUUCUUCAAGGCAAUGAGAAGAAUGAAAUGGAGAUCUGCUUUGAGAGUGGAGAUAGUUCUGUAGAAACCAACCAAGGGCUUUAUCUUGUCUACAUGCAUGCUGGACCUAAUCCCUUUGAAGUCAUAAAUCAAGCUGUUAAAGCUGUUGAGAAACACUUGCAGACUUUCCAUCACCGAGAGAGGAAAAAGUUGCCAUCAAUUCUUGACUGGUUUGGCUGGUGCACAUGGGAUGCCUUUUACACUGAUGUCACAGCGGAGGGUGUCGAACAAGGCCUUAAAAGCUUGUCCGAGGGAGGUGUCACUCCACGCUUCCUGAUCAUAGAUGAUGGUUGGCAACAAAUUGGUAGCGAACCCAAGGACCCUGAAUGUAUUGUUCAAGAAGGCGCACAGUUUGCAAACAGACUAAUAGGGAUAAAAGAAAACUCAAAGUUCCAAAAAAAUGAAACAAAAGGUGAACAAGAAUCAGGAUUGAAGCAAGUUGUGGAGAAAGCAAAGCAACAGUUCAAAGUGAAAUAUGUCUAUGUAUGGCAUGCUAUGGCGGGUUACUGGGGUGGAGUACAACCAUCCGGUCCUGGAAUGGAGCACUACGAGACUGCAUUAGCAUACCCUGUCCAGUCCCCCGGUGUACUUGGAAACCAACCUGACAUUGUGAUGGACAGUCUUGCAGUUCAUGGCUUGGGUCUGGUACACCCCAAAAAGGUCCUCAACUUCUACAAUGAACUUCAUGCUUAUCUGGCCUCGUGUGGUGUCGAUGGAGUCAAAGUCGACGUGCAAAAUAUUAUAGAGACUCUUGGAGCUGGACAUGGUGGUAGAGUUACUCUCACACGAAGUUAUCUCCAGGCCCUUGAAGCAUCCAUUGCACGCAACUUCCCUGAUAAUGGCUGUAUUGCCAGCAUGUCUCAUAAUACUGAUUCCCUCUACAGUGCCAAGCAGACUGCCAUAGUUAGAGCUUCUGAUGAUUACUAUCCUCAUGAUCCUGCUUCUCAUACAAUCCAUAUUGCGGCUGUGGCCUAUAACACGCUGUUCUUGGGAGAAUUCGUGCAACCUGAUUGGGAUAUGUUCCAUAGCCUACAUCCAACUGCUGAGUAUCAUGCUGCAGCUCGAUCUAUUGGAGGAUCUGCUAUUUAUGUCAGUGACAAGCCUGGAAACCACAACUUUGAGCUUUUGAAGAAGCUAGUCCUUCCUGAUGGAUCAGUGCUUCGUGCCCAAUUGCCUGGCCGACCAACCAUUGACUGCCUUUUCACUGAUCCAGCUAGAGAUGGAACCAGCUUGCUUAAGAUUUGGAAUGUGAACAAAUGCACGGGUGUGGUUGGUGUGUUCAACUGCCAAGGUGCUGGCUGGUGCCGAGUUGCAAAGAAGACGCGUAUUCAUGACACAUCACCUGGCACCCUCACUGGUUCUGUUCAGGCUACCGACGUUGAUUCCAUAGCUCAAAUCGCUAGUCCAGAUUGGAGUGGAGACACGGUUAUAUACACCUACAGAUCAGGGGAGAUAGUUCGCUUACCAAAAGGUGCUUCACUGCCUGUGACUCUUGGGGUUCUAGAGUAUGAACUCUUCCAUAUCUCUCCUCUCAAGGACAUUGCCCCAAACAUCUCAUUUGCACCAAUUGGCUUACUAGACAUGUUCAACAGUGGCGGUGCUGUGGAGAAGUACGAAGUCCAUCUGGUUUCUGACAAGCCAGAACACGUUGAUGGUGAAGUAGUCUCUUCUGAGGUGCCAACUUGUCUAAGCGAAAACCGGCCACCAACUGCAACGAUCUCUCUCACCGUUAGGGGGUGUGGCCGAUUCGGAAUUUACACCUCCCAGCGCCCUCUGAAAUGCUCAUUGGAUGGUGCCAUUACUGACUUCAACUAUAACACUGACAAUGGAUUGGUGAUCAUAAGCAUCCCAGUUCCAGCACAAGAAAUGUACAGAUGGAAUGUUGAAGUCCUAGUCUAAGUCUAAGUAGUUAUUUACUAGGAAGUGGUUGUUGCAGAAUCCAAGAAAGACAAAGAUGAAGGCAAGUGAGGCUUCUCUCAUCUUUGGGGAUAACUGAAUAAGAUUGUCAGAACGUUAGUUAGAUACUUAUGUCUGUAAUAAAAACUAUAUAUAUAUAUAUAUAUAUAUAUAUAUAUGAAUGAUGAUCCAUAUCUGUGAUGCUGCAGUUUCUACUCUCUUUGUAUCAUAUCACUUCACAUCUGUUUUAUUUCUA